AAGUUUUCAUAAUGGCUUCAGCGCAAAUUAAGUCAUGUAGUUCAAAGUUUUGUGUGUGCUUAUUCCUGCAAAAUCUUGUGAUUUUUCAAACCUUGAUUGUUGCAGAACCACAAUUUCCAUGCUUGUUCAUUUUCGGAGACUCAUUUGUCGACAAUGGCAACAAUAACUAUCUUCACCCCUCGUUCAGAGUUAACUACUUACCUUACGGUAUCGAUUUUCCGGCUGGCCCUACCGGUAGAUUUACCAAUGGUCGGAAUAUUGCAGAUUUUAUUGCAAAAAUGUUGGGCUUUAAGAAUUUCAUCCCUCCAUUUGCCAAUGGUACAACUGAUGACAUUCUCCGAGGCCUCAACUAUGCCUCCGGGGGAAGUGGAAUUCUUAAUGAAACCGGAAGCCAAUAUGGUGUAACCAAUUUGAGCGACCAAAUUUCGAAUCACGAAAUCACAAUUUCAAGAAUCCAGAAAUUACUAGAAGAACAAAGUGCCACCAAGAAACACCUGAGUUCGUGUUUAUACUACGUCGGAAUCGGCAGCAAGGACUACCUACUAAACUAUCUGCCUCAGUUGGCCACAAUUUAUACCCCAAAUCACUUCGCCGCACUUCUCAUUACUCAAUAUUCAAACCAUCUUCAAAGGCUGUACGAAAAUGGAGCAAGAAAAGUAGCCGUUGUUGGAGUGGAUAAGAUAGGAUGCACACCGUUCCUCAUCCGCACCUACGGCUCCCCUAAUUCCUCGUCCUGCAUCGAAUCCAUCAACAAUAUUCUCCAAAUUUUCAAUCAACAACUCAAGCUUCUCAUCAACGACCUCAAUCAUGAUUAUCCAAAAGCAAAAUUCGUGUACACCAGAUACACCCCUUUCUCUGCAUCAACUCGUGAUAUAAAGAUUGUUAGUGAGGCAUGUUGCAAGGAGAGGACGUUGCUGCCGUUGUGCCUUGAGGGAAGUGUUCCAUGCAGCAGCAGAGACGAGUAUAGGUUCUGGGAUGGAGUCCACCCCACGGAGGCGGCGGUGGCCGCCGCCGCCAAUACUACCUACAACGACAUUUCUCCCUUGUUUCCUCACUGUCCCACUUAUUUAUGGGAUUCUUUUGAUGAAUUACGUUCAUAUAGCUAGCCAAAAUGCCCAAAACCAAUAACUAUCACUCUGCUCUCAAAAAUAAAAUAAAAAUAAGUAUAUGACUCUACCUAAUAAAUUUGAGUGCAUAUAAGUCAAGUUUCUGACCUUAGUAUCAAAGCUAGAGUGUAACACGUGUAUCACAAUUAUAUCGUGC